AUGUCUCGAGCGCUCGGGGCUGCAUUUCUAAGCCAUCAAGUCGAACAGCUGGAAAAAUCGGUUACACGUGGGCCAGCAUCUGGAAACUGGAGAGACCGUCGUCAUCCGCAAGCCGACUUGGGUAAUACCAACCGUCGCGGUGUUAUCAAUCAUACACCCAAGCAGCGCCCAUCUUCAGGCAAUAGGUCUGCGAAGAAGUCUGUCGCUGAAGCUGUACCUGAAAGAGAGCACAGUGAAGCCAGGGUGCAAAAGCCCAGGAAAUCGAGCCAGGAGGCCAGGGGUGACAAGGAUGCAGAUAUAGUAGUGGUCGAUGCGAGCGUAUUGGUACACGCCCUCCACCAGGUGAAGAAAUGGUGCAGAGAUGGACGUGAUGAAAUCGUUAUUGUACCCCUUGAAGCCUUGAAUACUCUUGAUUUACUCAAGAAGGGAACGAGUCCUCUCGCCCAGCGCGCGCGGUCAGCUUCACGAAUUUUAGAGGCUCAAGUUGGCACAAAUCCUCGUAUCCGUGUCCAGCGGGAUGAUGCCUUCGUUCCGUGGGACCGCAUCGAGUUCAAGGACAUGUCACCUGAUGAUGCUAAGGACAAAGCUAUGUUACAGUCGCUGCACCUCUCUGGUUCUCCAGAGUGGGUUCGGCGCAUGAUUUGUUGCGCCCGUUGGGAAGUUGAUCACGUCUCUGAAACUCGUGCUUCAACGAGCGACAAACUGAAAGUCGUUCUUGCUAUCCUUUCCCCUUCUGCUACUCCAGUUCAGGUCUGUCGAACUGAUGCAAUGCCCGAAGUAUCAUCUCCGGUACCCCUUCCAGCUCCAAGUCCACACACUCAUAAAUACGAGCCUCGUUCAGCUGGCCUGUUGAUUGGACACUGGGCUACCCGGGCUGGUAUCACUCUCUUAGAAGUGGAACCUUCCGCAGCACCACUCGUUCCACCUUCAUCGAACCAUCCUCGUAAUCUUGAUGAUGACGAUAGAGGAAAACGACAGGCCGGUCGAGGCAGACGUAAUUCCCAUACCGCUCAGGGGGGUCUUCCUGUCGCUCGAGGCACCGGGCUAGUGGAGCGCCCUGCUGCCGUUAUGCAAAUGAUGGAAGUGAUCUCUCAGCCUAGCAAGGUCGUCCGCGUUCUUGCUCGAGGCGAGAAACUAGAACCAGACCCAUAA